UUCUUGUUCUUGAAUGUGGUUGUUGUCAUUGAUGGCAGUCAAUGGUUGUGUCGUAUUAAGACAGCGGUGUUAGUGGUAGUUAGUUUAGUAAGUAUGUUGAAUCAAGCUGCUGUUGAAGCAUUAUACUCCGCUACUUACGUAGAGAAUUACCUGGAUUGUGUGGAAAACCUUCCGGACGAUUUACAGAGGCUGAUUUCUCGUAUGAGAGAGCUGGAUGUAACGUAUCAGGCUUAUUUGAAAGAAGUGGAACAACAUCAGGAAUCCUCGCGUUCGGAAGGAGAUUCCAGUGCCAGGCGGCGUAAUUUGCUUAGGAUACAACAGUCCUUAAUUGCUGCUCAGGAAGUGGGCGAUGAAAAAUUACAGAUAGUCCAACAAAUACAAGAUCUAAUUGAAAAUAAAUCUCGACAGUUAGAUCUGGACUAUAGAAAUCUAGAUUUUCGGAAAGAUCAGGAAAAUCAUGAGCCUAAUCGCGAAACUCACAAUCAUCAUGGUAGUUCCAGCAGUGUGGCAGGCGGUGGUAGCACAAGUACAGGGACUGGGGAACGACAGUCUAAACGCGCUAGACGUACGUUAACUGAAAGUGUCACAGGUUUGGAUAUUGUUAACACAUCAGAAGUUUCUGUCCCGGAACCUGCAGCAACGCGAAGCAGUACGGGUGGUGGAAAUACGUCUAGCAACGCAACUUGCAACAGUAAAAAAGGUAACAGUACAAGCAAAAAGAAAAAACGUAAAUCGCGACAGUCCCAACAGCAAGUACAACAACAGCGUGAAGAUACCCCGCCCCAAGAUGAUGAACUGGCCAUCGACCCCGAUGAACCAACAUAUUGUUUGUGUGACCAAAUAUCGUAUGGUGAGAUGAUCCUCUGUGAUAAUGACCUCUGUCCGAUAGAGUGGUUUCAUUUCUCUUGUGUUGCUCUUGCUACAAAGCCCAAAGGUAAAUGGUUUUGCCCCAAAUGUCGUGGUGAUAGACCGAAUGUAAUGAAGCCGAAAGCACAAUUUCUAAAAGAGCUUGAACGAUACAAUAAAGAGAAAGAAGAAAAAGCGUAAUGAAUGGGUGGCAUGCACUCUGUGCAGUGAAUCACAGCGUUUGUGUGUGUUUUUUUUUUUUUUUUCUUUUUAGUACUGUACUGUGGAAUUAUUCAGUCAGUCUGUAUAUAUACUGGUGUAGAAGAUAGUACUAAAAUCUCUUCAUUGCUUUUGCCGUUUUUGGUUGAGAGUUUAACAGGUUCAUGUGCAUACAAAAGUAAGCGUCUGUUUUUAUUACGGUACUGUCAAACAUGUACUGUACACACUUCUGAAUAUAUUUUCUCAUUGUGAAGAACAUUACAGACAAGAUUUUUACUUAUUGCCUUGUUCUGUACACUAACGUUUUCUCACAUCUGGUACACAAAGAUGCUUAGGUAACAAUAAUUUGUGGCCAUAGCAGUGAUCCUUUGUGCAGCCGUACAAACAUUCUCAAUAGCAAACAUUCUUCUGUUGUGUGACAUGUUUGUUUAAAUGGUCUGAAUCAGAAUUAUAUUUAAAAUCUGUUUAUUUAUUUAUUUUUCCCACACUGGGAUUAAAGUUUUAUUUGCAUGUAAACAUGAAACUAUGCCUAUUUUUUUCCUUCUUUGUGAAAAAGUGCAGUAAAUUAAAGGUAAAUACAGAGUUCACUUUGUACAAAGCUUAUAUUAUUAAAAGCUGAACUCUGUAGUUCCUGCCGUACAUAAAAAUAAAUAGAUUGAGAAAUGAUGACUAUCAGUAUUUUCCCCCAAGCAAAAAAUGGUGUUUAUGUUCUCAUUUGAGCCUAAUAGUUUAUAUGCAACUUUUUAUAUGUAAAAUAAAUUUAUCGGUGAACAACUGUA